AUGGCGUCGCAGAUGGGGAAACCGAUGAUUGGAGUUCUCGAGCGAGGCUUUGACGGUGAAUCGAUGGCGAAGGAAACGACGUUCGAACACGAGGGAGCGGCGGAGACGCUCGGUGAGCCGAUAGAAGCGCGGGAUCGACGACGUCGCGAGACGACGGAAGAUACAGCGCGAGCGGUGAGUAAAUCCAUCGUGGAAGAGGAUGUCAACGGCAAUCACAUGGAUGUUUCGGAGGAUCUCGACUCGGCGCACGAUCAGCCGAGCGUGCACUACUCGCGCAUGGUUUUUCCUUCCGUCGCUCGCGUCACGGACAUCGUGCGCAUACCCGCGCGGCUUUUCGUGACGAUUUUGGCGUUGGUGUACAUCCCCAUCGUCAUCCACACUCAAGUCGUUCUUACCGUGCUCAGCUUUUGGGCGAUAUCCAUCGCGAAAUCUACCAUGAUGUGGGUGCGACCUCUGCUCUCGACAUCGAUGUCGAAAUCGACGGGAUGGGAGGCGUUGUACGACCACGUCGCCCACGAAGUCGAUGAUUUCUCCGAACGAACAAUGUUUCUUUUCCCUGGCACACCGAAGACGAACCACGACUCAAAGAAAUCGGACUCAAUGAGACCUCGGUGA